UUUUUUUAAUUUUUGCUUGACGAUAAGCUUUGUUUCAGCAAUUGAUGUCUUUGGGUUAAAAGAAAUUGGGAUAAGGUGACAUUUAGUGCUAAAGAGAGAAAAUGGUAACAUUUGAUGCUAAGGUUUGGAUCCCUUCCCUCCCCCCAUUGCACUUUGCUGCCGCAACGGUUUGCAUUAUCCUUUCAUCGCUUCAAAUGCUAACUUUCGAUUGGCUUUGAGCUCCGUUGCUUCGAAUUUCCUUGGAUUUCAUGCUUUUUUCAUCAAAUUUGACUCGGAUUUUGCUGCUUCAUCAUUUUCUGUAUGUUUUGUACCUCCACUGAACCGUGGCGGGGUAUGGGCUUACGCUUGGGGUUUUGAGUUAUUUAAUUCAAUUUUGCUGCGGGAAUUCGAAUUUCAGCGGUGUUAAAUUUUGGCGGAAUUUCGGGCUUUGACAGGCAAGGUUUUGCCGGAGAGAUAGGGGGAACUGUUUUCAAGGUAUUUGAAUUUUCUGACUUUGGUCUUUUCUACGUUUUGAAAAUUUGAAUUUUUCUUGAAUUAAAUCUCAAGGCUGUACUUCCGCAGUUUUCCUGUAUUUUCACUUAAUUUUUAUGGAGUCGUACGAAACGUCGCUGACAAAGAAUUCUGGCUGCAAUAUUUAUGGAGAUGCCUGAAAUUCGGUUGUGGAAAUUGGGUUGAAUUACGCGUAAUACAAAAAAAGUUCGCUCUGUUUCUUUAGAAAGAUUCUUUAUGGCUAUACUGAAGAGAGAAUCUAGGGUUUGGAGGGUUAGUAGAGAGAGUAGCUCAUUGAGCGACGAGGACAGUCGGGAGCAUAAUGUUGAGGCAGAUUCAUCAGAUUCAUGUGAAGGGUCCGAUGUUGGAGAGAUAGGUAGCGAGUUGUGCAGAGUGGGAAAGCACAAUUGUAACAUACCUUAUGAGCUUUUUGACCUGCCAGACUUGAAGCCUAUAUUGUCUCUGGAUACUUGGAAUUAUUGCCUCACUGAUGAAGAGCGCUUCAGUCUUUCGGUCUAUCUUCCGGACAUGGAUCAGGACACUUUUAUGCACACUUUAAAGCAGUUAUUAGCAGGGGAGAAUUUUCAUUUUGGCAGCCCGCUGUUAGAACUUUUUGAAAUGUUGAAAGGUGGCCUCUGUCAGCCAGCGGUAUCUCGCUACCGGCAAUGUUUGGAGUACUUGCAGAGAAAAGCUCACUAUCACUUUCUGAGAAAAUAUCAGAACAAUAUGGUUGAAAAUCUUGUGCAGAUGAAAGAAACUUGGCAAAAUUGCACAUACCUAGGCAUUGAGGAGAGGCUCCACAGGUGGAAUUCAUGGAAGAAUUUGAAGGCAUUGGCAUUGUCUCAAGCUGAGUCACAGUCUUUGUCACACAGGCAUUCAAAGCAAAUGUUGGAGCUUAUGCAGAAGGGAAGACCAGGAAAAUCGUCAGCCUGGUCGAUCAAAUGUUCAAACUUUGUCAAAGAUGACAACAUGUUGAAGGGCGAUCCUUCUCUGCUCAAACGAAAGGGGCUAGCUACUGAAAAUGAUGGCCAAUGUUCAUUGGUAAGAAGGUUGCCUCUUAAAAGUCAAUUGCACAGCCAUUUGCUAGAGGGGAUUGAAAAAAUGGGGAAACCAGCCUCAAAAGGAGUUCCAAAAAUGGCACCAAAAUAUAGAGUGAGAAAUAAUGGGCUGACUGAAGAGCAUCUUGAAAGUGAUCAGAGGACACCAUUUUCUGAAAUGCAGGAUUCAAAGACAGAUUGUAAAUUCUCAUCUGCAGUCCCACAUAUCAGCAAAUGGGAAGUGGAUGAUCUUGUUGAAGAGGCACCGUAUACGAUGCGGAAGACUAGAAGCAGGACAAGAAUCAAUGGCUUAGAAACAACUUUCAAUAACACAAAAGGACAUCAGCCUUGGAAUUUAUUGAAUGGAAAUUCAGGUCUGGUGGAAAGUACUUUAGAGCAUUGUAGAACUUUUGGAAAGGUAAAGAAGAAAGAAAUAUCAGACAGCAUGGAUAUGCGAGAGGCACCAACUCUUGAUGAAAAUGUUGGACGUUACAAGGGAGAAAAUGGUCUUGCAGGAGGAAACACAACUUUCAAAAAUCCAGAACAAAGUGCGCAAAGGGCAAAGAUAUUAUCAGAGCACUGGAGAGGACAGCUGCAAGAAAUGCCAAGGAAAAGAGCAAGUAUAAUAUCUUCUAGAGAUUUAUGUAAUUAUCCUCAAAUGCUUGAUGUUUCUUUGAAUGCUGAGGGGCAGGUACAAAAAUUAGACAAAAAGAAGAUAAAUCGUUUUGAUUUUCAUAAAAAGCCAAUCAAUCAGUACUGGGAGUCAUUUGAUCAGGAUACUGGUUUAACUGAGCAUCAGGGAUUGCCUUUUGGGCAUGAAAUGAUCCUUGAUGAUAAAGAGCUAGAUAAUAAAGAACUACAAAUAUAUGAAGAUAAAAAAGGGAGAAAAGAAUGUAGUAAAAUCUUGGAGCAACCGAAGAAAAAUCAAUCGUUAAAAGGCUUCCUCAGAUUUACAGUAAAGCAAAAGAUUCUCCCAGAUGAACACAAGCUAGAACAUCAGCCAGAGUGCCUUGGAGGUCAGUCAGAACGUGUUGAAAAUCAAAGAAAUGCAUUGGAAACUUCUUUGUCUCUAGAUAAAUCAAGAAGAUCUCAAGAAGGGAAGAAAAAGAAAAGAAAGAAAAGACAACUUGAUGAUGUAAUGACCUUUGAUCUAGAGAAGAUACACGAAGAAUCUGCAAGUUUUGAUAGCCCCAAAGAAGGCAUGGAGACUUUUAAAGGAUAUCAAGGGGCAAUCAAGAACACAAGAAAAAGUGAGACAAAAGAAAUGUUAUCACCCCAGAGGGAAGAAUCUGAGGAUACCUUUUCUGGUGGUACUGAAGGAAAACGUGUCUCAAACUCACAUAAUGUUACUCUUACAAGCUUAUGCCACCAAUCAGGUAAAGGUACAAUACUGCAGAAGAAAACUAAGAAAAAUAUGAAAGAUGAUAUUAAUGUCCUUGAUGCUGGAGUGUCAUAUGGGUCACAUGUUGAUGCUCAGUCUAUUUUGGGAAAGCAAGCAGAAGAAGAGCCACUGAUGACCGUGGCUAAUAGGACUUCAAAGGAAGAUGCUGACAUCCUUACGAGGGUCACAAAAUCAUAUGGGAUGUGCAAUUCUAAUCUCAGUCGACAUCAUCAAGUGGGUAGACUAAAGCCCUUGAAGAAAGGGGCUAAGAAGAAGUUGGAGGAUUCCAAAGUCCUUGAUGUGAUGGCCAAGUCCCAUGGAAGUCAGGUUAGUCCUCAGUCCACUAUUUGCUUGGAUUUACAAGAAUGUAAGACUGGGAAUAGAAAAGCUAAGAAAGUUGAGGCUGAUCCUGAAGCUCUCAAUGGAAUGCCAGAGUCAAAUGUACUGCAGUGUAAUGAUUCUCCCAGUUUGUACCAGCCAUCAGAUGAUGACAAAUCUGAGGAAAACCAAAUUUGUAAGAAGAUGGAUAAAACUACCGGAUCCUUAAUGUCCUUAUCUUUGAAGCAAGCUAGCAUAGCCAAUAAAGUAACAUCAGAUGCAAAGGCCAUAAAGAAGUCCUCUCCUUUUUCUAUGCCUCCUGUUGUUUCUAGUUUCUCAUUCUCUAUCUUGCAUUUCCUGUCUGCAGUUAGAACAGCUAUGGUUUCACCUAUGGCAGAAGAUAUUUCAGAAGUGGUAAAUCAUUCUGAAAAAAGUGAUGGGGAGAGAGAGAGCUCAGAUCAGGAGGGACAGUUUAUAAUAUCAUGUGAUGGGAAGGUUGAGGAACACAAUUCUGUGAUACCAAACCAUUCCUGUGAUGGUCAGCCUGACAAGUGCACAAGAGGUUUAGUUUCCAGUCAUUUAGAAUGUGAAAGACAAGCUACUCCAUAUUCUAUUCCUUUCCGAGAAAUUGUAAAGCGAGUUCAAAUGAAUCCAGGAGACCAUUGUGUCCUUGAAAUAAAAGGGCCACUACAGGAUCUGGUUCGUGGAGUCUUGAAAAUUUUUGCUUCAAAGACAGCACCUCAAGGAGUUAAGGGUUGGAAGCCCCUUGCAGUCUAUGAUAAAUCCACCAGGAGUUGGUCAUGGCUUGGCCCUGUAAAUUCUAGUUCACCAGGACACGAGUCUCUUGGAGUCCAAACUUCUUCUGAAGCAUGGGGCGUUUCUCAGAAGAUGCUUUUAAAAUUGGUUGAGGCAUUUGCAAAUUGGCUGAAGAAUGGGCAAGAAACUCUUCAACAAAUCGUCCUUCUACCUUCUCCACCACAACCAUCAAUGCUGACUUGUCUAGAUGAGAAGGAAAGAUUUCGGGACUUGAGAGCUCAGAAGAGCUUAAUUACUAUCACUCCGAGCUCUCCGGACAUGAGAGCCUAUUUCCGUAGACAGGAAGUUUUACGAUAUUCAGUUCCAGAUAGGGCCUUUGCUUACACUGCUGCAGAUGGAAGGAAAGCAGUUGUUGCUCCAUUGAGGAGAUGUGGCGGUAAGCCUGCAUCAAAGGCUCGGGACCAUUUUAUGCUUAAGCCUGAUAGGCCACCUCAUGUGACAAUACUAUGUCUUGUCAGAGAUGCGGCUGCUAGAUUGCCUGGGAGCAUUGGCACAAGGGCAGAUGUCUGUACACUCAUUCGGGAUUCUCAAUAUAUUGUAGAAGGUGUAUCAGAUGCACAAGUUAACCAGGUCGUUAGUGGAGCUUUGGAUCGUUUACAUUAUGAGCGUGAUCCAUGUGUGCAAUUUGAUGGGGAGAGGAAAUUGUGGGUUUAUUUACACACUGAAAGAGAUGAAGAAGAUUUUGAAGAUGAUGGGACAUCAUCAACAAAGAGAUGGAAAAGGCAAAAGAAGGAAAAUACUGAUAACUCCGACCUUGGGCCUCGCAAUGAUAGCAUUUAUCAUUGCAGGGAUGAACAGGGUGCUUGUGGUUCAGGCCUUGGUUUUGAUUUUUGUUCUUCUAAUUAUAAUGGCGAAUCUUCAUCUAUAUAUUCUGGUGGCAAGGCAGAGCUAGUGUACAAUAGGAAUGGCUCUUUAACUAGUCCCCGUGUUCUUAGGAGUUUCAAUGAAUCAAAUAUGGAAGAGGGUAUGGUACCAUUUAUAGAGCUUCCUCCAUCCAUACACUCAAUUCCUGGUAGUAUGCGUGAAAGUCAUCCAAUGGGGUGGGAGGUGCUUGAACUAAAUCCAUUGAAUCAUGGAUCAAAUCUUAAAACUCAUGAGCACAUAUCCGAUGGAGAUUUUGAUAAUGAUUCCUUUAGCAGACAGAGAGCCACUGAACUUCUAAGUACCAGCUUGCUAUGAAGAUCCAAAUGAUAUAUUUCAAAGUUUUAGAACUUGGAAACAUAUUUGGAAUUCUCAAGGCUUAUGUUACUUUUUUGAUUGAAUGAUCAUGCAUGCCACCAAUCUGGGAAGACAUUCAUUAUACCCUUCCACCUUUUCAUUCUUAACAAUUGAGUUUUUACUUCCAGAGGAGUUUGGUUCUCCUCUAUUGGUUAUAUUAUUUGUUGACGGGUUUUGAAAAUAUGCCAGUUUUUGUUCCAAUCGGCAUGUUUGUAGAUAAGUCAUUAUGAUUUCUUCAGCAGUGAGUGUGCCCUGCUGAUUUUGUUGUAUAUUCUUGUUCUUCACUGUACAUAAAAGAAUAAGUUUUCUUUUGAUAAAGGUUAUAUAGAAAAUAUUAACACAAAGGACAUAUUGCAUACCUGUUAAGUUUCUGUAGUAUGCUCGUUUCAAUAGGGCUCGAAAAACUAACAAGUUUAAAAUAAAAGGUAAAAGGUGCAAAGGGACAACCUUAUAUGGUUGAAAUAGAAUCAUUUUCUUACCAUGGCCAACCAUGAAUUGUAUUUAUAAGAGGCUCAUAUUGUCAUUGAUAUAUUAUGACUUGCAUAAUUUUUUA